ACGUCACUCAGUUUGAUGAGAGGCUGUGGCGCGGCAAGGUGUAGCGAAGCUUUGUGUGUAGAUAAUUGUAAUCUGAAGAAUUUUUGUGAGUGGGAUAGGGCCCCAGCGGAGUGUUGAACUGGCGAGGACGCCGGAGCGGACACCUAGACACUGGUGAAGGUAGGCGGGCGGCGUUAUUUGAGGGAGAUUACACCCACAGACCGGCUCCCUCAGUACUCACACACAGUAACGGUAACUUGAAUACUAGAGGAACAGCUGAUGACCCGACGCCGCUAUCAUGGACGACAACAGCAAACGACAGGGCACCAGAGUAUUUAAGAAGAGUUCACCAAAUGGAAAAAUCACAGUGUACCUCGGGAAGAGGGACUUCGUUGACCACAUUACACACGUAGACCCGAUAGAUGGAGUAGUUCUUAUUGAUCCAGAAUACCUGAAGGACAGAAAAGUUUUUGGCCAUGUAUUAUCUGCUUUCCGGUAUGGCCGUGAAGACUUGGAUGUUCUCGGCCUCACAUUUCGGAAGGACUUAUAUCUAGCCUCAGAACAGAUAUUUCCUCUUGAUCCUGCAAGCAAGAGGCCACUAACUAGAUUACAGGAACGUCUCAUCAAGAAAUUAGGACCAAAUGCCCUUCCUUUCUUCUUUGAGCUCCCCCCACAUUGCCCGGCAUCAGUUACGCUGCAGCCAGCACCUGGGGAUAUGGGCAAACCAUGUGGGGUGGAUUAUGAGCUUAAGGCAUAUGUUGGGGACAGUGUUGAUGACAAACCUCAUAAACGGAAUUCUGUGCGGUUGGCAAUCAGGAAAGUAAUGUAUGCCCCCAUGAAGCAGGGAGACCAGCCAAGUGUGGAGGUUAGCAAGGAGUUUAUGAUGUCCCCAAAUAAACUACAUCUUGAAGCAUCUUUAGACAAAGAGUUAUAUUACCAUGGAGAAACAGUAGCUGUUAAUGUCCAUAUACAGAAUAAUUCUAAUAAAAGCGUCAAGAAAAUUAAAGUGUCAAUUCGACAGUUUGCAGACAUCUGCCUAUUUUCAACAGCUCAGUAUAAGUGCACAGUGGCUGAAACGGACAGUGAUUGCAGGGAAGGCUGCCCUGUGGGGCCUGGUUUCUCCAUCAGUAAGGUUUUCUCACUGACGCCACUUCUGACCAACAACCGUGACAAGUGGGGGCUGGCCCUUGAUGGCAAGCUCAAAGAUGAAGACACCAACCUAGCAUCCUCUACUGUUAUCACCGAUUCUUGUCAGAAGGAAAACCUGGGUAUUAUCGUGCAGUACAAGGUCAAAGUGAAGCUUAUUCUUGGUCCACUUGUAGGUGACUUAGUAGCAGAGUUGCCAUUCACCCUGAUGCACCCAAAGCCAGAGGAGGACCCAGAGAACAUGAAGCCAACUGCACCGGCAACAUCUUCCCCGACAAAGGACUCCGAGUCUACUCCACCGGUGGAUACAAACCUUAUUGAACUUGACGCGGAUGGAACUACUUGCUAUGCUGACCAAGAUGACGAUAUUAUCUUUGAAGAUUUUGCUCGCCUUCGGUUGAAGGGUGAAACAGAGGCAUAGGAAGUUUCAUAGAAUGCAGAUGUAUGGAGUCUACAAAAUAACAAAUGUUAUUUUGGAAUAAUACUGAAGAAAUCAGAAGAUACACAAUGGAAAUAAAAUGUUGAUGUACAGUAGUUAUUGUGAUGAUAACAAGUGAAAAGAAUUUGUAAUCUCAUCAUGUGACACUGAAUUCAACAACCCUUAUGUGAAGGAAGGUACAGUAUAGUACUCAGUCAACAGUCUGUUGCCAUGCCGUAGGUGUCAAAAUUAUGGAAUUGCCUACUUGUGCUUCAUGUUUUAGCUUCAGCCGUUUACAAACAAUACUGUGCUUUUUUAUUAUUUUUUUUUCAUUUUGUACACUUGCUGUAUAUGAAAUGUAUCCUUACAACAGGACAAUACUUGAUAGAUUUUAGUCUGUGUCCUAGAUUUUAGUGGCUUGAUCAACAGAGCACAAUCAAAGCUUCAAGUAUAAAAGGAUUAAUUACACAUCUUAGAGUGAGUGCUUGCUCUGUGACAACGAAAGUAUGUAUUAUUGGUUCUUAUAUCCCCUUGAGGAAACCCUCUGCUUGACUGGAUUAUAUCAGAAUUUUUACUUUUUAAUUAUUUUAUUUAUUGAGGUACCUCUUUGUUCAAUAUUUUUUCCAUUAUACUGAUGUUCAUAGGACAAAGUGGGUCAUGUAAAAUUUGAAGAACUAAGCAAUGGGUAUUAAUGUAAAAAUUUCAGCUGAAGUAUUUCUUUACUCCUCUUUUACAUUAGAAUUUUGCAGUUUAUAUUAUUGUUUAAUGCUGUUUCUAAUUAGCCUCUGCCACGGUUUUCAUGUUACCCUUAAGUCUGGAACCAAACAGUCAUAAAGAUGUAGUCAGGUAUUGUGCACAGUUAAGUCAAGAUGGUCCAAGUGAAAUAACAGGAAACUUAUGUCAUUGUAUUUUAAGAGGGAAGUUACCUCAGCACUUGUGAGUUACCUCUAAAAUAAUUAAUGUGUUGUCUGUAUGGUAUGACACUGUAAUUAGUUGAAAGCAUUCCUUGUCACUGGGGAUCUUGGAGAUGUGUUUCCACUCAUUAUCCAGGCUGUGUUAGGGAAGAGUUUUGGGAGGUUAAGACAUAAUCCUAAAUGUAACUGUAUAAUUUUAUAGAACAGGAUCUUUCUAAGUAAAAUAUCAAGCUCAUUUAUGUUGGCUUUAUGAUGAGCAUCAAAUUCAAGAAUAGAUUUACUGUGCAUUAUUAUUAAUCUGUACAGAACUGGUUAUUUCCAUUAUGACCACUAAAGUAAUUGUCUAUAUAUCUGCUGAUGAUUGUGCCAUUUUCCUCCGUAUUUAGUGUGCCUCAUCCAAAAUCUAAUUGAAGCACCAUUUGUGUCUGUAUUAUCUAGAUACUGUUUGUUUGGAAAAAAUGGCCUGCUUUCACUCCUGAUGAAAUUUAGGAAAAUAUUAUUUCAAAAAUUUAUUACCAUGAAUAUUGGCGGUGAUUAUGGACUAGAUCUCUUUAAAAGGUAUUGUAGUCGAUACAUGUAUUGGCUCUACCUCUGAUUGAUGAAGCAUUAACACAAAACUUGAUUAAUUUGCCAUUAAUUAGAAUUCUUAAUUGUUAUACUGUAUUUUUAUUUUAUAUGUGAGAACUUGUGAAUUAUUAAAUACGUAUAUCUACUUUGUUUACAUAUAUGUUGAAUUUAUGUAAAUUUGUAAUUUAACAGCUGAAAUUUAGAAAAUAGAAAAUUAAAAUAAUGUACUGUACCUUAGUGUGUUUGCUCUUAUAUAUUUUUUAAUGAUAAAACUAUGUAGAUUUGAUGAUACUGUAGGAGCUGGGUAUUCAAGUUCCUUCUGUAUUGGUUAAUUAUAGUUUUUAUACAGGUGAUCGAAGACUCAUGGGAGAGAUUGAUUGUCAGAAAAAUCUGAUCUAGAAAUGACAUUGAACUUACUAGCAGGGAUAAAAUAAAAGGCAUUAUGUUAUUAUUUAGAUUGAAUAUAUCAUUUUCAUUUAUUUCAUUCUUAAAGGAGAUAAUGAAUGUCUAAGAUGUAAAGAACAAUACCAAUGCAGAAAAAUAUUUUUUUAAUGGUAUGAAAAUUUGUUGUCUGGUGUAAAUUAUUGAAUAUUGUGUGACAUUUUUGGCAUCUCAGCCAUUCAUGUGUUAGAUGUAGGAAUGUGCACAAAGUUAGGCACAACAUAUUUUUUAAGAAAUUUUGUCCCUCAUAGCCUAUUCAGUGAGUCACUUGUGUAUUGUACACUUUUGUUUACACUUAGAGUGAGAAGACUAUAUUUGAAAUGGGUUAAGUUAAACUCUUUGACAAUAUGUUUUACAGUUCUUAAUAAUCUCCUGUGCUGUUCAAGAAGAAUAUUAUAAAAAACAUUGAGGUAUAUUUGUGUGUGUUUGUAAGGGGGUUGGAUGUCACCACUGUAGGAUUGAUAUUUACAUAUACUCAUUAUUCAUACAAAUGUGGUAUUUCAGAUAACAAAUGUGAUUUUGUAGUAUUUGUACGGCUUGACAGUUUUAUCAAAUAGAUGUUGCUAGGCAAGUACUGAUAGAAGUGAGGAGUAAGACAGGUAUGGAAGGUUCACUGCCUGUAGUUAGUGUUAUUUUAAGUAGAAACAAAACAAGAAUGUCAAAUGCUCCCCAGAAAGCAAACACUUCAAAGUGGCAUAAAAGUACAGUGUGAUGUAAUAAGUAUAGAUGUACAGUGCAAUUUCAUAAACUAUUUUUCAACCUUUGACCUCUUACAUGGAGACUUUAAUAUGAUAUAUUAUACAUCAUUUAGUGAUGAUAUGAAAGUGAGUUCCAUAUGCCCUGUGCCCCAUUAAGAGUGCUAUGGGUACAGCACCCUGAAUAUGAAGCCUUUUUCAGUGCAUAAGAAGACAGUGAUUUUAAAUACAGGUUGGACCUUGCUAAUCCGGAAAGCUUGGGACCAGACCGGUUCCGGAUUAGCGAAAAUUCCAAACCAUCAAAGCCGAGGUUCAAAAAAGGCCAAAUAAUGUAUAAAAUGUACUAUUACUGGUACCAAUACAACUUACAUCAGCAUAAAUCAAUCCCAGGCUUACUGGACCUCUUUAUGACAAAGUGUUAGUGCUAUGGCAUGAGUUAACUGUACACUGGUCCCUCUCUUUAUGAGCAUUCACUGUGGGAAUUCGUAUAUUAUCUUCAGAACUAAACAAGAAUUUAUUUGGAAUACUAUACUUUGUAACAUUCAUUGUCAUAAUAUCCUGACCACUGGGGUUAGAUGUACAGACUUUUCCCUGUGAAAAAGCCAUAAUUGUGAGCAACAUAUUACUGUACAGUACUCACUUUGUACUCAAAUGUACUAUGCUAAAGGAUUAAAAAUUUUAUCUUGUGUACAAAUUAUUCUGCUAAGUCAAAUCCUUAUUGCCUUCUUGCUGGGGGGAGGUGUGGUGUUGACAGGGGAGAUUACCAGGUACCUAGUUAUCAGUGGAGGAGGAGGGACUCAGGAUUAUACAAUAGGGGGAGUCUAAGUUUUUUACUUAGAAAGUGUUGCCAACUUGACUUAGCAGAGUAUAACUUGUAUUGUUGGAAUUCUUGCAAGAUAGCAAUUAAUUUCAGUAUAAACAUCCCAUAGUUUACUAGACUUAAAUUUUUUUGUAAAUAACUUAGUACAUUUGAGUACAGAUUGUGAUAAUUGUAAUGUUAUUUCCACAACUCUUAUAGCAUUACUGUUAACUUUUAGUAAUUGUGGAACAUAUCCUAAUUUUCCCCAUAAGAUUAAGUAUUCACUAUAUGCAUCCUGAACCAUCGAAGCUGCUGAACUAUUGGUCCUAGAUUAGCGGGGUCCAACCUGUACUAAUGUAUCAAUACAAGGGCCCAGAUUCACUAACAGGUUAUAAACUUUGUAAGCGCUUAAGGAGUUCAUAUCUCCUGUGGUGGUGAUGCACUAAAUAGUUAGGAAGUCCUCAAAUAGAUUUAAAAUGGCUGACUUUUCUUGGUAACUUACAGUGGCUCCGGAGGUCUCGUAAGCUUCUGCAAGGCGGAAAUAAGAUCAUGUAACUCCCGUUUUCUACUAUACAAUUCGUACCAAAACAGACACAGCUGCCAGAUGUACUUCAAGCAUCACUAGUAAAAAUGGAAUUAAUGAUUGGGUAAUACAGGAGUUGUUUGAUUUCAUUCAUUUUUUUUCCCCGCAGAUCCAUAAUCUUUUUCUUUUCUAUUUUUAAUUUCUUUUUACUUUUAUUUUUUCACCCCAUAGGUCCCGUUGAGGGUCGAUGACCUGUGGGCUAUUUCCCGCAAAAAAAAAAAUAAAAAAUAAAUAAAUAAGUAAAUAAGCAGAUAAAAAAAUAGAAUAAAAAGAGAGUACAACUUUUUAUUCUAAUUAUAAGUUGUUGUUUUGGGUAUUCUAACUACGAUCAUAAAUCACCUGUAGUGGGCAGGGCAUGAAGGAUGAGGGAAAUUGUAGGGUAAAACACGGUUUAAUAUGGUGGGUUCGCCUCCCGGCUAGGAAAUUAGAUAAGGUUAGGUAGGUUUCUUCGGUUGGUUAGGUCAGGUUUUAUUCGGUUCUACUAAAUGUUGCCUCUUUUAAAAUAAAUACUAUAAUGAUAGGAACUUCUGUGGAAAAAAUAUAUGAAAUUGAACAGUGCCUCUGGUGUUAGCCAUCUCCUCCAGGAUGACCCAUGAUUGCUUUAGCUCAUGACCGUGCACUCUGUAGGGAAAGGGUAUUUAAGAACCCUUUGGACCCUCUACAAAUUGAUGACCACCUACUGCUACAGUACUACAGAUUUCCACGUAGGGAUACGUUCUGGCUAGAUAUUGGUCUAGUGGCAAGGUCGUCUCAUGUGGUCCCAAGACUCCCUAUGCAGACGUUUGUGUUAAUAGCUUCAAGAUUUUUCACAAGUGGUAGUUUCCAGAGUGUAAUUGUUGAAGCUACUAGCUUAAGGCAAUUGACUGUGUCAGAGUGACAUUUGCUCCAAAAAUAACAUUACGUACUGUUCCAUGAUAAUAUUAUUAUUAUCGUCAUCAUUAUUACUAUUAGUAUUGCUUUUAUUAUUGUUAUUAUUAUCGAAAACUCCAUGAUCUAUUUUCUUCUAUAAAUGUUGUCAAAAGAGAUCACAACACAUGCAUCCGACGCAGUCUUCUGUUGUUGUGACAUGAUUGGCUUACAUCUCCUACUCAGUUAUGUAUCAGUCGCAGUGAUUGGCCGACAGGAAAAUUAAAAACACAUCACCACCAUCUGUUAGCAUUAUAUGAACUACUGUAAUGCCCGAGUUCAUACGAGGACCAUAGCUAAGUUAUGAACCGUUUGUGAAUCGUUCUUUCGGUAAUUCGCAUGGGCUUCCCGGCAGUUAUGAACUUUGUAUCUCAGCGUGUUAUAGUGAAUCUGGGCCCUGGAUAGUGUUUUGACUAUGAAUUUGGCAAGAGACAUUAAUCUUUGACAUUGUCUUCUGAAUUUGGUGUUCAUCACAAUGCUCAUGUAAAGUUCCAUCAAAAUAUGUGUACAGUACAGUAUCAAUACAAUAGUCUGACCUUUGACAUUUUUGUAAUCUAACUGUGUCAGACAGUUCGAUUUGGUGUUUGACUCUUUACUUGACGAUAUGUAAACUUUCAUAAAAACAAUUGCAACAGUACUAGAUAUAAUCUAGACCAUUUAACUUGACUUUUGACAUAGUAGACAUUUGAAUUUGAUGUUCUCAACUUUAUCUAGCGAUAAUACUUAUUGACUUGAAGUUUCAUCAGAAUAAAAGAGUCACAUUGGACAAGUUUAUGAUCUAUCUGUGAUCUUGACCUAUGAUAUACUAGUAAAUUCAGUGAUCAGCACUUCAAUUCAGUGAUAAUAUACAGCAGUGUGAAAUUUGGUUAUACAGGUAAUUUCUACAUCAGAACAAGAGUUAUACUCUAGACAGUUGUGACCUUUACUUUCCACAGAUAUUUGAAUUUGGUGCUCAGCACUUUGCUAAGUGAUAAUACAGUACACAUUCUUGCUUUGUUGUGUCAAAAUAUUUUAAUCCAAACAGGAGUUACACUGGACAAGAUUUUGACCUCCCUGUGACCUUGAUUUUUGGCCCAGAUUUUAAUUGCGUCUUCUGCACUUUGUCUCCUUAGUAUACAUCAUCUUUUAAAAAUUCCAUUAAGAUCAGUCUGGCUGUUUCAGAGAUAUGCUGGAUGGAUAAAGUGGCAUCAAUUAUAUUUCUCCUUUUCGGAGCUUGAAAAAAAGGAGAAUUGUAAUGCCAUGAGACAUUUUAACAUAUUUUAUGAUAUUCUGCAUGAUAAACAAUAACAUGUACCUUUAGAAAAUGUAAACCCUUUGAGAAUUAAGUUACAUCUCGGAAAGUGUUGUCAAAAGUUUCAUUAGAUUCCUCAAAUGCUUACAAAUCAAUGUAAACUGAGCUGUAAAUUACUGUCUAUAUAAAAAAAGCAUAUUAUGAGGUUGGAACAUGCGAAAGAUUAAUCUGAGGUAUUAUUUUAAAUGUGUAAGUACUAUUUUAUUAUAAAACUGCUUAGAAAUAUACAUUCAAAUGAAUUUGUUAAUAUGUGAUACUACUAGACAAUAAAUUUACAUACAUAGAGUACUGAAAACAGGGUGAAGACACAAUGAACAAAAUACAGUAUUAACAGGAUUUUUUCCUAUGUGUAGGGACUUUUUUUAUUUACUAAUUACUGUAUUCUGCGCCUGAACAUUUGAUCGCUGUUUUUGCUUAGCUAUAACAAUUUCCAAUUUCAUAUAAAAGAAAUUGCAUUUUAGCUAUUCGGUUUAUUUCACUACUCUUCAUGACAAGUACAGUACUCCUCAACAUACUGUUUAUGGAACCAAGAUAAAAAAAAAUAUUUGAGAAAGGGUCUUGAGCAUGAUCGAUUAAAGGUACUGUCAGUAGUUACUGUAAAUUUUGGAUACUUCAGACGUGUUAUUCUGCUAUUGGGAUCAAGCGUCUGUGCCAUAAUUUCCAAAUUAGAGGAAAUAAAAAACUUAUCUCAACAUUGAAUACCUUGGCUUUUUCUCUCUCUCUCAAAGCUUUUAUUUUGCAUUGCUUAGAAUCACUUCUUAAGUACUCCUCAAUAUUCUAAUGAAGUAUCCAAGAUAAACAAGCUAUAUAGGCAUGAGCUAGUUUCAUUCUGCAAUGUUUUAGCAUGAGGCCUUGUUCACACACGAACAAAGUCUUGCCUUAGAAUGUUGCAGAAUAAAACUCCAACUGUAUUUACCCACCAUCACCAUAAACUACUCUUUUCUCAUUGUAGAUAAUUCACAUAAACAAACUGCAUUUGAGUAAGCAGUCUUGUUAAUGACAAAUGAAGUUUUGUUUAUCAAUUUCUUUUCUCUAAUGUAUAAGACUACCCUAACUUUGCUAUUAAGGCAAUUUUUUACAAGUUUGAUUUCAUUCAAGAUCACCCGAUAUUAUUCAAGACGAUUUAUUAAGCAACAAGGGUCAGAAAUUGUAAUUUGGGUACCAUUUUAUUGAAUUUCCCAAUAGAAUGAAACUACUAAACUGUGACAUAAUGUUUUCAUUUUAUUCAAAAUUACAGUCGUGUUACAUUUUAAAAUACAGGUGUAUUGAUUAAUGAGAUGGGGUUAAAAUUUUUACUCUAGGUAAUUAGUCUUGCUGAUGAUUAAGUAACUUGACUCGUUUUUAUUUGCUCAUUACUAGUAGUGUCUUGUUUGUUUUUGGACUGCCAUUAAAACCAAGCUACCCAUUGCCAAGAAAGUUUUGGUCCUUAAUUCUUAAUUGAUAAUAAAAGAAUAACAAUGUUGAAAUAAUGAAAAAUCAGAUCUCCCUCAGGAUUAAUGUACAGGUAGUAUAACUGAUGAUUCGUUAGUGAUGGCACAGCCACCACCAGGCACCAGUACAAUGUUUCUUGACCAAGACUAGCAGACACCAUAAUGAACUCACAACAUACUCAUUUCUAUCAAUUCUGCAAGUGGAAUAAAUGUUACUGUCCCCCUUUAACACACACAACCACAAUAUGAAGUGUGCUCUCAUUUGUGAAGAUACCAAAUUUUGAGUAUACAGGUACUUUUUCUUAUUCUUUCAGGCCUUUACCCACUAUAUAAAGCGAUGCUAAAAAUGAACACACACACACACACACACACACACACACCUACCUCUCCCCCAUAUACAGUACAUAGUCAUUCAUUCAUUCAUGCAUGGUACUCCCCUUUGACAACAAGGCUCUAAACUUGAUUUUCCUGUCACUGCAGCAAGCCAGCAUCAUCCAUCAUCUGCAUGUCUUUCCCCAAAUAUCAAUCAAUGCUGUACUGUACUCUGCUCAUUCACUCACACUUGCUUUCUUAAUGGUAAUCCUCCUUAUUUCAAUUGCAUCCUUUUCUCCAUCUUUCCAUUAUUUUUUUUAGUCUUUCUCUCAUCCUCCUGCCAUUCAUCUCUGACUUGUAAACUCUUUUGUACUAAACUUUCACUUUCCUUUCUAUUUCUUUUUCACUGCAUCCUGUUUACAUCAUACAUUGCUCAGUGACAUUCUUUUUGUCGCUUUCAAUUUGCUCCCUGCCCUUGCGUCCGGAGUCUAUGCUUCUUUCCUACAUAAUAAUGCAAGCACAGCAAUUUAUGUGUACACCUAUUAACUUUCUACUGCUCUGUGGUUCAGUACAUCAUAUAUUUGCUGACACAUUAUUUCCCACUUCUCUUCCAUUUAAUUUCAGACUAGCAUUUAUUGUUCUCUUCUCAUCUUACUUUAAUCUCUAGUUCUCUUUCACUAUCAACUUUUCCAUAAGACCCAAUCACUAACUUGUCGUGACUUUCUUUUGAAUUCCCCACUCAAUUGCAGCAUCGACUGUAAGCAGCAACUGACUAACCUCCGAAAACCAUUGAUUCACCAAACUUGCACCUAUCACUCUUCUUUUCUUGGUACCCCUUCCAUAAAUAUAUCAAACUGCAGUAUAAUGACAUAACACAUUCUUGAUGUAAUCCUGCUUUAUCUGGAAAUUGGUUUCCUUCUUCCCAACAAACUAACAUGCUAAUUUUCCAUAUGAACACUGGAUAGUAUUUUACAAUUUCCUAUUUAUUCCAGACAUUUUUAAUAUUAAUCUUUUCACUUCUGUUUUUUGUAUGCAUUUUCUACACCCGUAAAUGCCACAGACAAACUCCUGGCCUAAAUUUUCUUAUAAGAUAUUGUUUUGCAAAUUUUGUCUUUGAAGAAGAUUAAUUAAUUUAGAUCUUACAAUUUGCUAAAUGUAUUUAGGGACAAAUUGUUAAGGUUUCUGUAAAUGAGUGAAUGUACUCAGUACCCAUGAUGUCAUUUUAUGUAUGUGUGGAUCUCUCUCAAAUACAAAUGUAAAAGAUAGGGGAGUCACUUUUCCAGCCACUGUAAGUCAAAUUUAUGUAAAUGACAAAUGAAGUCUUUUGUACAUAGGUUUAAUGAUGUAAACCAAAGUGUUUAGCAUAUGUCCAACAAGGCUGACUUAUAUAUAUAUAUAUAUAUAUAUAUAUAUAUAUAUAUAUAUAUAUAUAUAUAUAUAUAUAUAUAUAUAUAUAUAUAUAUAUAUAUAUAUAUAUAUAUAUAUAUAUAUAUAUAUAUAUAUAUAUAUAUAUAUAUAUAUAUAUAUAUAUAUAUAUAUAUAUAUAUAUAUAUAUAUAUACAGUAGUGAAAAUUUUAAUUUUAUGUAUGUAGAAUUGUCAAAAUUGCACAUAAUAUCAACUGUAUGAAUGAAGGCUCUGUGUUUAAGUUAUGUUGUAACAAGGAAGCAUAAUGGUUUAUAUUAUUCAAAUCCGUGAAAAUACUAAAGAUGUGUUACAGUAAUACAGAGUAUUCUUUAUAUUCAAAAGAAUGUAUAAAACUUACGUUUUGCCUUUAAAAUCUUUCUAUGAAGAAAAAAGUAUGAAUCAGUGUUCAGUAUAUUAGACAUUUAAAUAUCCUGAAGAAUUGGAGUUCAGGCUCCAACUUACAGUACAUACAUUUACUGUAAACAUUAAUUCAAAAUUCCUUUACACCAACAUUCCUCCUUAAAUGAGUACACCAUGUAUGUGCUCUCUUGCUUGAAUCCAUCCAAAUCAAUAAUAGGUUUAACAGGAGGUUGAGAGCAAUCACUUUUAAUAAGUAAUGGUGAGCUUGCUACCUUGGGUUUUUUGUGUAGUCUCAGAUGAAUACAUUGAGCUCUUAGAGUACUUGGGAGAACUUUCUCAUGUAACAGUAACCUAGUCCUUUUCAUACAUCCCCAAAAGGUUGUAACUCCAUGUACUCUACACAGUUGUAACUUAUUUACUGGGUCAUAGUUUAUGGGGGUGUGUAAACUCCCAGUAGUACCUGGAUUUUGCUUGCUCUUACACUCCUGUCAUGACUCGUGGACUAGGGCUCAUAUUCAUGAGAUACGAGAAAACGUUACUUGUGAUAAAAUACUAUUGUUCAGUGCAUUUCACAUAUUUAUGUAUUUAUUAGACUUAUUUCAUACUGGCUGAUAUCAUGAAUGUAGUUUUUGCAUGUGUUCAGUUGGGAUUAAUAAGCUAAAAAAUACCAAUUUGACUGCUCUGAGUUAAGUGUAUAAUUGUGUGCAAGUAUUGGCUUUAGUUUCUCUCCUGAAUAUAACUCAUUACUCUUAAAACCUUGCUCAUGUGCCCUCUUAUGUAUCAUUUUAAUUUAGCCUUCAGCUUUCUGUAAGAAAUGAGAAAUAGUCUUAUGUAAAAAUUUUAAACUACAAUAUUUGUUAAAGCUGUACACGUAUGAAAAGAAGGAUUGUAAUUUUUAUAUUGUUCCUCAGCCCUCCUGUAUUUCAAAGCAGUACUACUUUGCACAGUAUAAAGUCUUUUCAGAGAUUGAUUAAAUGUACAGUUCCAAUAGCAUUGGUCACAAAUGUCCAAAACUUAUUUUAUGUCCUUUGCAUAAGACAUUAUUUUAUGUAUUUUCCUAUAUAUUUGUGUAUAAUAAUGAAUAAAUGUAAGUGUACCACA